AUGAUUGGAUCAUCAGCAUUGGCAGUCUUGCUUCUAGCUUCGACAUUCCUUACUGGCCUAUCGGCACAAAACAUCAGUGCAAGCGUUGACCAGCCGAAUCCAAUCGCUCAAAUGUACCCGGAUCUCAUCAGUGGCAAUCUAAAUGGAACGACCAUGAUAAUACCCAUUGCGAUUGCGCAAGCGCAAAGCCUUGUACCAGAGUAUCCAAUUCUGGAAUCUGUAUACACGUCUCUCCUGCCCACGUUUCCCGCGGGCAUGUAUCCCUUGGUAGUCACGGUCAAGCACGACCACGAUAUACAAUUGGCGUUGUAUAACCUAUCUCUAGCGGAUUUUACUCGAGCGGCUUUUGAGUUCCCUUUCCUAGACCUCAGCGGGGAUGGCGCGACGCCCUUUCGCCUCCAAAAGACGAUUCUGAUCACGGCGAGCAAUCAAAUCGCCAUCGAGGGAGCACAAGGUUAUGACAUUACCGCAUACCCGGCGAAUUUUGAUCCGCCAAAUGAUGCAUACCGAUCUGAUGGGGAUUCGGGCACGUAUUUUAGUGCCAAUGGCGUACGGAACGGCUCCGAUAUCGCGAGAUACAUGACCAUUGCAACCCAGUCCACGACUGGGGGCUACACGGCGAAUCCUUAUCCAUUCGACUUUAUCAAGAACAUCACCAAUCAGGUGACAUUUGCGGCAUCGAGUCUGUGCGACGAUUACCAGUUGCUGUACAACACAUCGCUCACGGCAGCCCCGUUCGAGCCCAAGCCUGUCAUUGGUACGGUGACAGCGUUGCUGGAGCCAUUUGACGCGCCGCAGUCAUGGACUGGCGUCUAUGGCUGGCAGUACGCUGCGGCGUUCUUGGAACCUGUCGCUCCGGCAGCUUGUCCAUCGGCCAAACGAUGA